UUGUACAGCUUGCCUAGGAGAGACUCCUAUACCAAAGGGCUUUUCUCGUAUCCAAAGACCAAGGGUACAGUUCAGGGACCAUUGACAGCCAGCCAGCCAGCCAGCCACCGAGCGCAAUCUGUGUUGGGAGACGGCGGCGACAACCUCUAGUCGUCUCCGAUCCAAACCCAAAAAUUGGACGCCACCAAGCAGGAACCGGCGCUGGUGCGGCGACAACCACACCCGCCACAACAAAGGAACGUGUAAGAACUAGGCGUUGCGAGGCUGAUGCGGCACCGAUUUAUUGCCUCCGACACUGUCGCCGUCAAGAGCGGCUGGAGAUGCAACUGCGUUCCUUUUUCAUCGCAUAUCCAACAACCAACCGGAAUUCUCACCUCCAGUUCCCCGCUUCUGCCUAGAGCUUAAGCACGAGCCACCACCCUCACCUCGACUUUCACACCACCACAUCUCAACCUUCACCAACGACUUCUUUGGAACCUCACUGACAACCUUUUUUCUUCCUUUCUGAAUUCCACUCUCCCGAAAAUCAACACCUCGAUCCGCCGGUUUUCAAAGCCAUCACCUCCCCUUCAAGACCCCCUUUUGCAUUCGGAUUCCCUGCGCCGAGGUGCAGCAUUGCGCAACAAACAGAAAAUGUCACAAACCACGCUGUCGGCUCCCACGCCGCCAAUGUCAAAUCCCAUCAUGUACACACCCACGAAUCCCCAGUCCAGAUCACCCUUCAACAAGGUCCCUCUUGAGGUCCUUCUCCGCAUCUCGUCACUCCUCAACACGACGGAACUGAGCGCCCUGCGCCUCACGUGCAGGUCCAUCGAGCAAUCCCUGUUCAACACCUUCAUGAAGGAAUACUUCACCAAGCGUCAGUUCAUGCUCACCGAGUUCAGCCUGCAGGCCCUCAUCGAUAUCAGCAAGUCGCGGCUGAGUGAUUGCCUCGACCAUGUCAUCAUUGGCCUCAACUGCUUCACGCGCCACUACUUCCCCCCCGGAAAGGAGGCCUGCGAGACUCGCUACCGCGAAGCCCAGGCUGACCAUUUUGCACUCGUCCACAGCGGUCAGCAUGUCCUCAUGCUGACCGAGGCUUUCCGCAACCUGAAGAACCUAAAGACAGUGGGCAUCCGCGACUACAACUCCAAGGCCCGCAGCCUUCGCGAUGGCUUCACUGCCACCUGGGCGAGCUACGGGGCCACGACGCUCGAGAAGGAGACGGAAGUCAACCUCUUCCGCGUUCCCAUCGACGAGAUCCAGGCCUACACCAACAAGGUCUUCAUUUCCCUCUUCACUGCACUCGGCAAUGCCGGCGCACGCCCCAAGGCCUUUGAGCUGCUCCGGAAAGGCCAGGGCGUCCCCUCGGAUGACGCGUUCAACCUCUUCACCAGCUAUCUCGGGCCCAAGGUCGCCCCUGUCAUCGAAGGCCUCGAGACCUUCAUCUGUGUCGUCAACGUAGCCAACGGCCCGUUCAGGACCACGGCUCCGACGCACGGCGCUGAGGACAACACGGCCUUCAGUCGACGUCGGCACGACUAUCUCCUACGUCUCUUCCUUGGCUACAUGUCCAACUUGAAGCACCUAAGGUUGAAUUUUAGCCACCCGGGCAACAACUCGGAUGCCGUCGAUCACUUCAUCAACUGGCUGGGCACUCCGGCUUUCAAGUCCCCGUCCACGCCUCCCAUUUUCGACCCCCAGCUUCCAUCGCCCCCUCCCCCGGUGGCGUUUCCGCAUCUCGAGGAGCUCAAUCUAGGCUUUCUGGAUGCCGAGCCAAAGCGGCUCAUUCAUCUUGUUCGGAAGCUCUCGCCGACGCUCAAGAAACUGGAGUUCUGGAAGCUUACUCUGUGGAACAAAGCAGCCGAGGCCCGCGGCACAGAGGAGCGACGUGACCACUACAAGGUCAACCUGUGGGCCAAGAUGCUCAAGGCGCUGUGCGACGUGCCUAACUUAAACCUGGACCACAUCAUGAUCGGCAGCCCUGCCCAACGUACCUUCAUGACGAACACCAAGGUCUGGUUCCAUAGCAAGGACGCCUCGCCCAACGACAAAGUAGACAGGAAAGAGUACACGGGCAUCGACUGGAAGCACUUUGUCGAAGAAUUGGCCGGGCAAGUCAAGGCGGAACUUCCGCUUGAGACGAGUUCGGACUCGGACGAAGACGACGUGUACGACUCGGACAUGGACGACAACUUGAUGGAAGAAGAAGAGCUAGAUGAUGACGAUGAGGAUGGCGAAGAGUGAGGAUGUAUUGUGGCUAACGACUAUCUAUACUACUUAAUUCAGACGACUUGAUGAACUUACACUACGAAGACAUGGCUUACUAUCCGGACGACAUGCAAGAGGCGCUAGAGGCGUGGGAAGAUAUGAUAAUGCACGAAUCGGGCUUUCAUCCCCUGAUGUUUUCGUAAUUACGGGUGUAUUUCUCUUCGACACUGGCACAAGGGCCGCCAGUGGACGUCUUGGCAUUUAUGGCCCUGAAUUAGACUGGAGCUUGGGUCGAGCCAUCGCCGAGCUUCCAUACUGCUUACUGCGCACAAUGUAUAUGAAGUCGUGAGACUGAAGGCCCAACUGAGAUGGAAGAGCAGAGUGAACCGUAGAUUAGUGACAUCAGAUAGAUGUAUGACGUUGGAAAGAUGAGGUCGUUCAGGGGGGGUCAGUUAGAUUCAGGUUGCAGGAUCCACUCUCUAGGCAGAUGGGCCUGGCUUGCUAGAGCCAAGAUGCCAGUGAUGUUUAGGGGAAGAGGUUAGAAAGCCAAUGGAGGAAGAUGUUAAAUAAAAUAAAAGUCAAACCACAAGGUCU